CCCCCCCCCAAUCUCCUUCCUCGCCCCCCUCCCAUGGCGUCGCUCUUCGGGGCUCGCCGCCGGCGAUCGCCGGAGGACGACGGCGAGGACCAUAGAUCCGGCUACGGGAGGGCCCAGCGCCGCCGCCUCUCUCCGGAGGAGGACGCGGCGUCGCCGGCGGAGGCGGGGCCGGGCGCGGCCACGGGGAGUAGCCCCGGGUGGCUCUCUGGCUUCGUCUCCGGCGCGAAGAGGGUAAUUUCGUCUGUUUUACUGUUCUCCUCGCCCGAGGAGACGGGCUCGGGGGAGGAGGAGGAAGACGACGAAGACGGCAACGGCUUAAACUCGGAUGAGAAUGAAGAUGUUCCUGACACUCAUGGAGCAAUAGUUCCUUACAGCGAAUCAAAGUUAGCUAUUGAACAAAUGGUUAUGAAGGAAACAUUUACAAGGGAUGAGUGUGAUAAGAUGGUAGAGCUAAUAAAAUCACGAGUUACAGAUUCUACAUUUCCUGAAGCCCGUGAAUAUGGAUCGCCAGAAGAAAUCCCAAGUAGGAUUGCAGGCAUUGGCCAUGAUUUCACAGGAGCUUGGCGCUCCUUGAGCCGUGAUCGGAAUUUCACUAAAUCAGUUCCAUUCUCUAGCAUGAGACCUGGUAGUUUUUCUCCUGGCUCUCCGCUCCAAGCAUCACCUGAGCUAUGCACUGUAGCAGUUACGGAAGCAAAGAAAUGGUUGGAAGAGAGAAGGCAGGGACUAGGCUUAAAGCCUGAAGACAAUGGAACAUGCACAUUGAACACUGAUAUGUUAAGUUCCGGCAUUGACUCUGACAUGGGUUCUCCAGUUGACUUAGCAAAAUCAUACAUGCAAUCAUUACCUCCUUGGCAGUCCCCAUUCUUAGGCAGUCAGAAGUUUAACACAUCAUCCUCCAAAUACUCUAGCUCCUUAUCAAAGGUAACCACAAAGGAGGAUUACCUUUCCAACUUUUGGGGAAAAUUGGAGGAAUCACGAAGAGCUCACAUUGGAUCAUCUGGAGGUUCUGUGGAUGCUCCAAAAUUCUGGAAUUAUGGUUCUACAUCCAGAUUAUUUGAGAAUGAUACCGCUAUAUUCUCAUUGGGUACUGAUGAGAAAGUUGGCGAGCCUACCAAAACCAAUAAUGGGUCUGAAAAGGUUGCAGCAACAGAACCAAUCAGUGGGUACUCCAUACCUAUCACACCAGCCGAAGAUAGAAUUGAUGGUAUUGGUGAACCUGUGGAACUUGCAAAGGACAAUGGGAAUGCAUCUGAAAUUCAACCCGAUAAAGUAGCAGAGGGGAACAAUGUGUCUUCCACAAGCAAUACAAAGGAUGCUACUGACCACAUUGGAGAUGUUAAAGCUCCCACUGCAGAACCAAAUUUAGGGGAAUCACAUAUCAACUCAGCUUCAGAAUUCAGACCAAAGGAUGCAGGUCCCCCAAUCCAGGCCAGAGUGAAUGGGUCAAGCAAGAAAACAUCUGUGAAUGGCCUUGUGGAUCAAUCAAAGGCCAACUCCGGGUUAGAAUCUUCAGCAAACGAUAAUCCAAGCUGCACUAACUCAAGCAGUGCUGUGCCACCCACCAGUAACGACUUAACUGAGUCUGCAGCUGGUGCUGCAGAUGUUCAUUCUGUUGAGAAUUGCACUGGAAUUAAUCCAGAAGAACCGGUUAAGGGGGCCUCGAGACAGAAUGUUCGGCGAGGAGGACGGAAAAGGGUGGUGCGAGGGCCUAAAGGAAGAGGGAAGUAGAAGACUUGCUGCACGAUAUUGUUGUAUACUAAUAUUAACGGCCCAAAAGGGCAACGUGAUACCUAGGUUAAUUAGAGUUAGCCUCGUACAAGGCAUUGUGCUUCACCAUUUGUAUCCAUGUUGUAUUAUUGUAGGCUUUAUAAUGACCACGUUUAGAAUUGAUUAUUAUUUAGGACUGGUAGUCGCUUGAUUUGUGUUCCAGUGUCUCUAGUGUUUCAUAAGUUUAGUUUGUGCAGAUGGAAGAACAAUGGGUUGAUUGUACUGUAGCAGUGACGUAGCAGAUGUUCUAGCCAUCUAGGUGUGUGCAGUGAAUCAAGUGAGGCAGUGAGUUGUUUCCUUUGUAUGGUGGACAUCCACAUUCUGGCGAUGUAACCCUUGUUUUGUGCUUUAUGCUUGCUUAGAACCUGUUCUUUGAUCGAGCAGUGCAGGCUGUUGCAUCAUCGUAUGAUGGUUUCU